GAUUAGCUAUCAUUUUGGCAGUUUCGUGACUUUUGUAACCUGUUCUUGUAGUAAUUUACUGAUUGCUGACUUAUCGUAAUUCUUACAAGAACUAAAGGAUAUUGAUUCUGCUCAGAUUAUCGUUUUGAACUGCCAAAAGGAGGCAGUUAAUAUUUAACAAUGGAAGCACUGUCAACAGAGACAGUGGCUGGCGGUCGGAAGGCAAUGGCGCGUUCCUUCCAGGACCUUCCUGAUGAGAUGGUAUCACAUGUCUUCUCCUUCUUGGACAUUAUCGACAUUACGAACAGUUCCAUCGUCUGCAAACAGUGGCAGCGAGCAAGCCGCAGCGCCGCUCUGCAGAAGGCCGUCAUCAUCGACGUACAGAAAUGGGCCGCGUACGUCCCACGACCUCCAUCCGCAGAUACCAUAAUCUUCCGCCGACACUUCUAUCCGGGUUUCCCAUCAAUGCCGGACCAGUUCUCCGGCCAACGGAAAUCCCUACUGGCACGCUUCAUCACCGGGCGAACCCGCCAACUCAUCGUUCGCUGGCCGUUGGGAUCCCUGCCACCCGCACCGGAAAUGAUAGAGGACCCGGCGGAUGUGUCGCUCAUGGCCUUCUACUACAAUUUCUACUAUGAUCUUCCGCAGAUCGGUGACCAUCUCCGGGAAAUCCUGAAGGACUACGUGCCGCAGGUGUUAAAGAACGGAGAUAUCGGCAAAUUGGUGUUGACGCUGCAGAAUCUGCAGCUGUCGUUGGAUAUCCUGUCCGGCAUUAUGCCGCGUGAUUGA